AGUAAAGUACAGAUACGUUAAUUUUGUACAGUACAGUAACAAAGUAAUAUGAUCAUGAUUACAGUGAUGAUUAUAGUUGGACAGCAAUGUGUGAAGAGUGUCCAAACUUGAGUGUAUGACUAAAAGCCACUUUAAAAGUCUUUGUCAAUGACAGACCAGACCACCACCCCCUGCCUUCAACCCACCACCACCACCACCACCACCACCACCGUACUCAACAGGGACACAGUCAGAGUCAGUGUACAGCGAGAUAGAACAUCGGCCCUACCUGGAUGUUCUGCCAGAGGACGAAAAUACAACCACGUCAGUGAGGUCGAUGCCUCGAUCUGGACUACGCUACCAGAGUGACUGCUUCUCUUCACGUCAUCAGUCCAAAAAGGACGCAGAUGAAAUCAUUGUGAUGCUGAGAUGGCUGACAAGAGUGUCGAAAUCGGACAUGACUCCAUCGCUGUAUGGCCUCAGUUUAGAAGAGGAAAUAAGAUCAUUUGAACAGAGGGCCAUGCAUGUGAGCAAGGCCCUGCGUCUCUACAAUCUCCUCUUAAUGAAGCGCAGUGACUGCAUGCGGAGCAUCAUCGCAGAGUUCAACUCCAUCUCCCACAGCCUGGACAAGAUGAAGAAGAAGGCCAAAACCAUGGGCAUAGCUGGGGGCACCACUGGUGCCGUGGGAGGGGUGACUGCAGUGAUAGGAAUUGCCUUGGCCCCUGUGACCAUGGGAGCCUCACUCAUCGCUACAGCCGUUGGUGCUGGCAUGGUAGCAUCCGCUGGGGGUAUGGGCGCGCACACUGUCAAGGCCAACAAGAAGACUGUGAAUAGGACGACAGUUGAGAGACUAGCAUAUGAUUAUAAGGGGAACAUUGUCGACAUAGAACACUGCCUGGAUUUUAUCCUCUCUGGUAUGAAUGACCUGCGAAGGCAUGACAUUGCCAGACUACAUAGGGCGGGAGCCCAGUCUGACGCACUAAAGAUGGCACAUCUGUCACAGACUGUGUUUCAGAAUAACGCGGACAAUGAAAAGAAGACUUCUUGUGGACUGUCGUCUCAGAAACUGCUUCGGGAUUUUGCCAAGGAAUUGGAUCAGUAUUUCACGGAGGAGGAGGGUGCGAUGCUGAAGAAGUCAAACAAGAGCAGGUUUUCUGGUCGCGUUCGUCUGCUGGCUGAAAAUCUGCAAGACCACCUGGAAUACCUCGUUCGAAUGUGGGAAAUGUUUAGUUGAAACACAGAACCCUUGGUGUGCAUGUGUGUGAGUGUGUGUGUUCGCACAUGGGUGUGUAUUAAGUUUCAGAAUGUUUUGA